CGCAGCCCGCUGUCGGGUAGUCUCGAUCUUCUCCUGCCUACCUAGUACCGACCCCCCCCCCCAAUACAUCUACUCUGCUUCGUAUGACAUUCACGUGAAGCUUGCCAAAUCGACAUACUUGUAGGGAACACCCCAGACGCGCAUACCUACAAUGGCCUCCAUACCUACAAUGGCCCCUACUAGGUACAUCGCUACUCCUUUCCCGCCCGGCGUUGCUAAAAAAGUAAUGAUGUUCGCCAAAGUAUCCAGGUUCUGGAAAAGACAACAGGUUUGCGCCUUCCUAGAAAAGAACGGUCACCCAUUUCGGGGGAUCCGAAGGGAUUGUAGUGCCCUUGCUAUAGUAUUUAUCCUAGGCUUCCCCAUUAACAGGGAAAUUUGCGACGCCACAAGUAAAUACUUAGUUGAGGGUUUGAAGUAUUGCAAAAAAUUAUGCGAGGAGAGAUUAGGAGUGAAGGCUUUUAAAGCCGCUAACGCGAUGGAGGCCCUCCUAGUGGCAGAUUUCUCUGACGCCGCGGAGCAACGACUCAAGGUCGAGUACGUGCAAGAUGCCGAAAUGUUCGAUGGGUUAAGCGAAGACGAAGACCUGGCUUUCCCAGUUGCUCAGGCACCUACGUCGAAGGCGAUGAUCGUCAAAUUGCGAGCGGACAUUAACGAGUUCCACACAGCUGCGAGCGCGCUUAUCGCGCUAGGGACCAGAAUUAAGGGAAAAGAGGCCGAGCUGCGGAGCGUUUUAGACGAUGAAGAAAGGCAGCAGGUCCCGGAGGAGGAUGACUAAGUGGGGCAACCGCGUGGAUAGUACGAUAGCGUUGGAUUGACUUCCAUCGUGGGCUGUGGAGAGGGCACUCCAGCGUUCCUGGGGUCUGCAGUGGAGCUGGCACUUGCAUUAGCGAGAGGAAUGCGUAAGGCAA